AUGUGUAAUGGAUUCCUACAGAGCCAAGUUCCAGUACUGCGUGCAUACCAGCAAUAUCUGCAGCCAGUUAUUGCUUCAGUGACGUCAGGCUGUUUUAGAUGUUCAAGAUGUAACAAAGUUUAUAAACAUAGAGGUGUGAGUCCACAGCUGCUGGAUGGAGAUUCUGUACUGUUUAGGGGAAUUUCCCAGUGGUCCCCAGUUGUGAAAGCCAGGAGCUUUGCUUGUGCCCGCUGUCACAAUGCUUAUACUCGCCGAGACAACCUGAUGCGUCACAUCCGAUUUGAAUGUGGUGUAGAACCACAGUUUGAAUGUCCCAUAUGCUACAAAAAAAUGAAGCACAAAUUUUCAAUGAUUAAACACAUGAAAAACCAUAACAGGAUUAGAAAUUUACAGCAAGUAAAUUUUUUGUGUGAAUCCACAGUUGCUGGAAGGAGACUCUGUAUUGUUUCAAGGAAUUUCUCAAUGGUAUCCAGAUGUAAAAGCCAGAAGUUUUACUUGUGCUCGUUGUCACAAUGCCUAUACCCGCCGACACAACCUGAUGCGUCACAUUCGAUUUGAAUGUGGUGUAGAACCACAAUUUGAGUGUCCUGUAUGCCACAUAAAAAUGAAACACAAAUUUUCUUUGAUUAAACACAUGAAAAAGCAUAACAGGAUUGAAAAUUUACAGCAAGUAAAUUUUUUGUGAGAGAUGAACCAGUUUUUUUGUAAUAUAUUAUGCUAUUGUAUAUUUUACUGGCUAUUUACCAAUAAACUGUAAUUAAAAAUGAUACAGUUACUUAAUUUAAAUAACAAAACCACCUCUGGUUCUAGUGGUGUCUACUUAUCACAACUAACACAAAACUCAUGAGAGCUGUUAGCUGUAAUGAUGGUGUA